AUGCAGAUCACAAAAUUCUCAUCAGUACUUGAAGAUGACCAGUGUGAGUCUGUUAAGAUUGAUUCUCCAUUCCAAGACAAAAGUCUAAAGAUUGAAAUUGUUGGUUCUUAUAAUGGCUUAAUUCUGACGAGAUGCUCAAACGAUUAUCUGGGGACAAGGCAUUGGCUUUGGAAUCCAUGUACUAAAGAGCUGAAAGGAAUAGUAAAUCCAACAGUUAAAGAUGGACUGUUAGAUUAUCAGAAAAUACCUGGAAGCACUGCAUAUGGGAUUGGUUAUAAUCCCGAUACAGAUGAUUACACGAUUGUGGUAGCUACCAGUUACAUCAACCGUUACUCGAUUGGUUAUCAUGUUUGUGAAAUUCAAAUUUACACAUCAUAA